UGUAUAUUAAACAACUAACAAAGCGACCAUCUUUGAAAUUCUGCUCCAUUUACUUUUGCUGAGCGCGAGCUUUGGAGGCAGGGCGAAGAGGAAAAGAAUCUUUGCGUUCUGUUGCAGAAGAAACGACGAGUUAUAGAAGAAGAUCUACUUUGGAUCUCCCUUUCGUUGAAUACGUUGGAAUUGAAAUAUUUUGAAGCAGGACAGUGUAUGAAGAUGGAUAUAUGGAGCUUCAGCAAGAAAGCUCCAAUAUUAGUAUCUUGUCAACAUCAAGGAACCUCUCUUCCUCUUCAUCAGCAUUUGUCUCUGCAAUCCAGUCUCCUUUCUUCUCUCCGCGUUCACCACAGGCUUGUAAACCUGGUCAAAACCAAACAGAAAUUGCUGGGUCUUCAAUUGGCGCUGUUAUAAGUGGAAAAAAUGUUGGCUCCAUUGCUGCUUUUGAACAAUCAGAAUUAAUCUCCAACCUCAGAAGUUUGUCAUCAGAUAUUUCACCUACGCCAAGUUUUUAUGCAUCCAGAAAUUUUGAAGUCCCAACAACAAAUUUUAGAAGCCCAAAUAUUGUUUCCCCCAAUAAUGAUGUUUGCAGUUCAUCUAAUUACAGUCAAAGAACCAGCAAUGGUUAUAAAGGACGGAAAGAGAAGCAAAAGAGAUUUGGUAACAGCCAGGCAAAACUUUCCUUUUCUUGGUCACCAGCUACAAUUGCCUCUGCUGCGAGGUUCAGAAGCUGCGACGUAUACAUAGGUUUUCAUGGACGGAAACCUUCUUUGCUGAGAUUUGCUAAUUGGCUUCGUGCGGAGUUUGAGCUUCAGGGAAUCAACUGUUUUGCUUCUGAUCGAGCUCGGUGCAGGAAUUCCCGUAGUCGUGAUACGGUUGAGAAGAUGAUGCAUGCAUCAUCCUUUGGGAUUGUGAUCCUUACCAAAAAAUCUUUUGGCAAUCCUUACAGCAUAGAGGAGCUGAAAUAUUUCUUGGGCAAGAAGAAUCUCUGUCCAAUUUUCUUUGAUCUCAGUGCCUGCGACUGUCUUGCAAGGGAUAUUGUUGAGAGGAGGGGGGAAUUGUGGGAGAAAUAUGGCGGCGAGUUGUGGAUGCUCUAUGGUGGUUUGGAGAAGGAAUGGAUAGAAGCCGUUGAUGGGCUUUCCCGGGCGCUGAACUGGCAGCUGGAGGCAUAUGAUGGCAACUGGAGGGACUGCAUACUACAGGCAGUUGUUCUUUUGGCUACUAAACUAGGCAGGAGAAGUGUGGUAGAUAGAGUAAAUAAAUGGAAGGAGAGGGUGGAGAAAGAGGAGUUCCCUUCUGCAAGAAAUGAAGACUUCGUUGGGAGGAAUAAGGAGCUCUCUGAAUUGGAGCUUAUUUUGUUUGGUGAUGUUACUGGAGAUGGGGAGAGGGAAUAUUUUGAGCUGAAAACCAGGCACAGACGAAAAGGCGUGUUGGUUGGUCGGGCUGAAAACUUCGAAGAAGAAGACAAUGCGAAGGGUCAGCAAUCUGAGAGCAGUGGUAAAGGGAAGGAACCUGUUCUAUGGAAGGAAUCAGAAAAGGAAAUUGAGAUGCAGAGAUUAUGCAGUCCUGUGAGGCAGUACCGUCCUAUUAGAGUUAAAAAUGGCACAAGGUAUAAUCGGAGGAAAAGAUCAAUGAAGAUACUGUAUGGCAAAGGGAUUGCUUGUGUAUCCGGGGACUCUGGAAUCGGCAAGACAGAAUUGGCCUUAGAAUAUGCAUACAGAUACUCUCAGAGAUACAAGUUGGUGCUGUGGGUGGGAGGGGAAACUAGAUACAUCCGUCAGAAUUAUUUAAGCCUCCAAAACUUUCUGGAAGUUGAUCUAAGCAUAGAAAACUUUCAUCUUGACAAGGGAAAACUGAAGUGUUUUGAGAAGCAGGAAGAUGAAGCCAUCACAAGGAUUAGGAAAGAGAUGAUGAGGGAUAUUCCUUUUUUAGUUGUGAUAGAUAACUUGGAGAGUGAGAAGGACUGGUGGGAUAGGAAAGUUUUAAUGGAUUUCCUUCCACGUUUUGGUGGGGAAACCCAUUUCAUCAUAACUACACGCCUUCCUCAGGUCAUGAACCUUGAGCCCAUGAAGCUUUCCUACUUAUCUGGUGGGGAGGCAUUAUCCUUGAUGAAAGGGGGAGUAAAAGACUACUCUGUUACAGAGAUUGAUGCCCUUAGGGUCCUUGAAGAAAAACUGGGUAGGCUAACACUAGGUCUUGGAAUUGUAGGAGCAAUCCUUUCAGAGAUUCCAAUAACACCGAGUAGACUCCUGGACACUAUAAACAGGAUCCCAAGUAGAGAUACAGCAUGGAAUGACAGAGAUAGUGUUACAUUGAGACGACAUGCUUUCCUCGUCCGGCUCUUAGAUGUCUGUCUUUCAAUAUUUGAUCAUGCAGAUGGGCCAAGGAGCUUGGCAACUAGAAUGGUUCAGAUCAGCGGCUGCUUUGCUCCAUCUGCAGUGCCAGUGUCCCUACUAGCUCUAGCAGCACAUAAAGUUCCAGAAAAGCACAGUGGCUCAAUAUUUUGGAAGAAGCACCUGCUGAAUAUGUUCACCUGUAGCUUCACAAGAUCUCAUAUCAAGAAAACAGAAGCUGAAGCAUCUUCCAUGUUGGUGAGGUUUGGAGUGGCUAGAAGCAGUAGCAAGCCGGACUGCAUCCACUUUCAUGAAAUCAUCAAGCUAUAUGCUCGCAAGCGAGGGGCUGCCGGAGUUUCGUUAGCCAUGGUUCAGGCAGUUUCGCUCAGGGGCUCCAUUUCUCAGUCUUCAGAGCACUUGUGGGCAGCCUGCUUCUUGCUAUUUGGGUUCGGGACGGAUUGUGUCGUCGUCGAGUUAAAGCCAUCCGAGCUAAUGCAGUUCAUUAAACGUGUAGCGUUACCGCUCGCCGUCCACACAUUCAUCACCUUUUCAAGAUGCAUUGCUGCAAUGGAGCUCCUCCAGCUCUGCACAGAGGCUCUGGAAGUUGCUGCAGAGUCCCUUGUUUCUCGAGCUGAGAAAUGGUUUGAUAAAUCGUUUUGCUGCUUGAGGCCAGGGCAUUCUGAUGCUCAAUACGCUUAUCUGUGGCAGGAGCUGGCGCUUUUGAAAGCUACUGUGUUGGAAACGAGAGCUAAGUUGAUGCUCAGAGGAGGGAAAUAUGAUGUGGGUGAUGACCUGAUUCGCAAGGCCAUAUUCAUCAGGACUUCUAUAUGUGGUGAGCACCACCCUGACACUAUAUCCGCCAGAGAAACUCUAAGUAAGCUCACAAGACUUCUUGCAAAUGAUCAACUUAGUUAAUUUUGAUUUAGUUCUCACAGUUCAAUCACCAUAUAUUCUUUAAUGUGGUUUCACAUGCAUUAGAAUCACAGGAAUCCAUAUUACCAAAUAGCAAUAAUUUUUUUUUCUCUGAAUCUAUGUGGCUUCUUUGUCCAUCUUUGCACUGACUAUGCACCAGUUUUUUAACAGUUUUGACAAUUUUAAAAUCUUUCGAUGUUAUUAUGUAAUCAGUAACCCUGUAUAAAGUUCUUUGAAAUUUUCAGAGUUUCAUUCGGCUUUUCGA